UGGGCAGAACAGUUCCCGACUAAUGCUGUGAUCCAGGAUCUUAUCAAGCUCAGGGAACGUUCGUCUGAACCACUGUACUGCAAGCCAUGCCAGACAAAAGGUGACCUGACAAAUCUAGCGAAAUUCUGGUGCAAGUCGAUGGGCGUGAAAUUCUGUGAGACUUGUAAGGUACAACAUCAUGAUAUCAUGCACAAUGAUUGUGAUAUCUUAGAUAUCACUGGGUACGAUAGCAGGAAGACAAAACAGGAAAAGUCAGUCCCUAAAUGUGACCAACACGACAAGAAACUGAUUUGGUACUGUGAAGACCACAAACGCCUCGGAUGCAAUAUAUGUAUGAUCAAAGACCACAGACGUUGUGAUGAAGUGACAACGGCGAUUGAAUAUUUACAGAAGUUAAAAGCUGUGUCACAACUAGAAGAGAUGGAGAUGGCACUGAAGAAAGGAGUACAGGCCAUGACGUCAUUAGUGAAGGAUUUUAACCAUGGUUAAAUAUCAGGAAAUCGCACUGCAAAGCAUCAAAGAUCUACGCCAAAGUGUCGAAGAACAGCUGAACAAACUUCAGAAGGACGUCACUGAUAAGUUAAUUACAUUGUUUAAAGAGGAGAAGAGGAAUAUGGAGGCCUCGUCACGACAGUGUGAACGUCUGAUGAACAGUAUGGUUAAUACCAUGAAGUCGUCCGUUACCGCCGCAGAGGAAAACGACACUAUUGAGGCGAUAGUGUUGUAUCAGAGAGGACAGGCAGAAGUGGAGUCGUGUAAGGCCCUGGUCACGGAGAUGAGCACAUCCUUCAUGUCCGUCAGCAUUAAGCAUCAGAUUGUUCCCAGACUAGUAACCCUUGGUGAUGAGGCGAUGGGGAAGGUUGUAAUCGAGAGACAACGCCGAUGUCUUCCUGGUGAUCUUGAUUUCCUGUCCGUACCUUUGUCAGAUCGUCGUGUGAAAGAAAUCGGGAAGUUUAACGUAAAGACUCCGUCAGAUAAAGAGAGAUGUUGGAUAAGUGGAGUGGUGUACCUUCCUAAUGAACAGAUAGUACUUAGUGAUCACAACAACAAGAAGCUGAGGUUGUUUACAGACAAAGGACAGUACCUAGACGAGUUGGUCAUUCGUGGAUAUCCCUUGGACCUGUGUCUGGUAAACAACAACACUGUGGCGGUCGCUGUCUACGGUCGUGGUGGUGUCUGUGUCGUGCAAGUCGAGGACUCAAAACUCUCCCUGUCGUCCGAGAUCAACAUGCCUAAUGGUAAACACUGUUAUGGUAUAACACAUACAGAUGGGAGGUUUCUCGUGGGUACAAUUGGAGGAGAGGUAUACAGUGUGACACAGGACGGAACAGCUGUGUUGUUACAUAAGUAUAACAACAGCUGUUAUACCCUCACACAAGAUCCAGUAAAGGGAGACACAAUCGUCAGUGUCAGUAACACCAUUACAGGGGACGUCGCGGUGUCUAGACUGUCAGCUGACAAACGUCACAUGGAUGUGAUGAAGGUCGGUGUCGUGAGUGAUGCUAGGGGAAUAGACCUGGACAGGGAGGGUAACAUCUACGUGUGCGGUAAUAGUUCACACAACGUCGUACAGAUGUCUGGGGCCGGGACACACGUCAGGGAGCUGCUGACGUCAUCAGAAGGAAUGGACUCUCCACAGGCAAUAGCUGUUGGUGGUGACAAGAUUUUGGUGACUUCUGAUUCUACAGACCAGGAAAAUUAUAUCCGAGUCUUUCAACUCCACUAAACAUAAUAGAGAUGUACACUUGAUGGCGUUGCUCACGUGACGUGUAUAUGUAUUAUCAUAGUCACACAAACAAUUAAUACAAAUAAUUUUACAUUGCAGUCGUUUUUUAUCACAUGAAACUUUUUCUUAAAAAUUAUUAUCAUACGUUUAACUAUGACAAUAUGAAAUCUGAUUCCUUAUUGUUUUUGUUUUAUUUUUUUCCAAUUGAUGAAAACAGGACGUUUGGUUUAUCAGUUUUAAAAAUGAAAAAUGUCACUUUGUUUUAAUUUCUGUGGUCCUGGCCGAUUACCAUCAGGGUGUAAAAAUGGAGUUUUACUGAAAGUUGUUUUUAUAUUAACCUGCUGGGCAGAUUAACAAUAUAAAUAUAAAGUGUCCGUUGUUAAUUCUGAUCUUGUGAAAUGGACAGGAUACUAUUUUGUCGAUAUCAUUUGCUAGUUUUGAUGGCACGUGGAUAUUUUUUUCAUACACGUAUGUGAUCUUUGAGCUUCUAAAUGAACAGCCAGAGGAUUUUUCUUUACUCAAUAAAUCACUCUUUCUUUACGUGA